AUGUCUUCCAACGUAACCAACGGAAACGACGGCGCAACCAAAACCCACGGUAAUACUACUUACUAUACAGGCGCCGCAAAAGAAAAAGUUGGAACCGUGCUUGGUAACGAGAGAAUGCAAGCAGAAGGCAAAGUAGAAAAACUUCAAGGUGAAUCUGAAUAUAACGCAGCACAAUUUAAGGGCCAAACACAAGGGGUUAAAGAUAACGUGAAGGGACAUGCUAAAGACGCAAUUGGUGGCAUUACCGGUAAUCAACAAAUGCAAGCAGAAGGCAAAUUAGAUAAAACAAGUGGCCAAGCGCAACAGAAAGCUAAUCAAUAUUAG